UUUUCUUCCCGCCGCACUCUUCUCACUGAUCUCAAACUUGGAAACCCCAAAACCCUAGCUACGUCCGAAUCACCUCCAAAAAAAUGGCUUCACUCUCUCGCAUCCGUGCAUCAACAACUGCCGCGACUUUCCGCCUCCGUCACUUCUCGAUCCUCGCCCCGGACUCCUCCACCCCUCUCAACUCCCACCAAAAAACACGCGCUGCACUCUCCCUCCUUAAAUCCGAGCAAAACCCCGACCGUAUCCUCGAAAUUUGCCGCGCCGCCUCCCUCACUCCAGCCGCGCACCUCGACCGAAUCACUUUCUCUGUAGCAAUCUCCAAACUCUCUGAAGGCAAGCAUUUCCAAUCCAUCGACACUUUCCUCCACGAGCUCCGUUCCCGCCCUGACUUACAAAACGAGCGUUUCGCUUCCCAUUCUUUAAUCCUCUACGGUCAAGCCAAGAUGCUUAACCACGCCUUAACGGCCUUUGACGAGUUUUAUAAUGAAGGGUUAUGCCGUUCGGCGAAAUCCUUAAACGCUUUGCUUGUGGCGGGGAUUAUAUCGAAGGAUUAUGAAGCAGUGAAGAGGAUUUUCCUGGAAUUUCCUAAAAGGUAUGGGAUCGAACCCGAUUUAGAAUGUUAUAAUUCUGCGAUUAAAGCUAUGUGUGAAUCUGGGUUUUCGAGUUCAGCUUAUUCCAUUUUGGUUGAUAUGAAAAGUAAAGGGGUUCUACCAAAUGCGACGACUUUUGGGACUUUGUUAGCGGGGUUUUAUAGGGAGGAGAAGUAUGAGGAUGUCGGGAAAGUGUUAAAUUUGAUGAAGGAAGAUGGGGUUCCUGUUGGGGUUAGUACUUAUAAUACAAGGAUUCGAAGCUUGUGUAUGUUGAAGAAGUCUACUGAGGCAAAGGCUUUACUUGAUGGGAUGCUGUCAAGAGGGAUGAAACCGAAUACGGUCACGUAUAACAAUUUGAUUCAUGGGUUUUGUAAGGAAGGGAAUUUGGAGGAAGCUAAGAGAUUGUUUAAGAGUAUGAGGAAUUCGGGUUUGGAGCCGGAUAGUCAAUGCUAUUUUACUUUGGUGCAUUUCUUGUGCCAAGGUGGGGAUUUUGAGGCUGCUUUGAGUAUUUGUACGGAGAGUAUGGAGAAAAAUUGGGUUCCAAGUUUUUCAUCUAUGAAAUCGCUUGUGAAUGGACUUGCUAGUAUGUCUAAGGUUGAGGAGGCAAAGGAACUUAUCCAGAAGGUUAAGGAGAAGUUCUCAAAAAAUGCAGAUUUAUGGGAUGAAGUUGAAAAGAGUUUGACCCAAUAGAGAAGCUAACUAGGGUGUCCUAGAGUUUGUUAUUUAAGAGCUUGAGCAUGAAUUAUUAAAGCCAGUCAGGCCAGUUUUGUAUGGAAAUGAAACUGAAUAGGGCAUUUUCUCAUGAACAGGAUGGAUCCGAUUUCAUUUUGUUUCU